UAUAUGAUUAAUGGGCCCAUAGAUAAGUUUCGUCUAAAAACGGCGUCGUAGUCGGAAAAGAUUAGACCCUCGGACUGACCUAGAUGGAUCAGAAGUUCUUUAACCGUUUCGUUAAGGGAACGAAGAAGCCGAAAACUUUCUCUGCGCUCUUCUUCUUCUUCUUCUUCUUCCCCAAAAAAAAACCCUAAUUUCUAGAUCCAUCUCUAAGAAACUCUCGUCGUUCCUCUUAAACAUGGCUUCGAAGCUCCCGUUGCAAAACAUCGACAACGCCAAUGUUGCGAAGGCUCCGGCAUCAUCGCUAGCUUCCGCUGGGAAUACAAUUGAGCAUAUCCUACUUUGUCCUGAUUCUUAUAUAGGAUCGAUUGAGAAACAUACCCAAACGCUUUGGGUUUAUGAGAAGGAAGAGAUGGUUUGUCGUUCUGUUACUUAUGUUCCUGGAUUGUAUAAGAUCUUUGAUGAGAUCCUUGUGAAUGCUGCUGAUAAUAAACGGAGAGAUCCGUCUAUGGAUUCUGUCAAAGUUGUGAUCGAUGUUGAGAAGAAUCAGAUUAGUGUGUGUAACAGUGGUGAUGGAGUUCCUCUUGAAGAAGGUGUUUAUGUGCCUGGGAUUUUUUUUGGUCCUUGGUUGAGUAGGAAUUACAAUCAUCCUAUAUCCAGAGCAAAUCAUUUGAGACAGAAAAUCGGUCUAGGAUUCGGAUGGAAUACCCUUAUUUUAUGUAUUUUCGUUUAGGUAUUUAAUUUUUUA